AUGGUGCUGUCCCAGGUUGCAGUUUGCAACAAGGACACGCUAGGAAAACUGGUAAAGGGAUUUGGUUGUCUGAUUAUUCCUACUCCAAAUUUUGAAUUGCAGUUGAGUUCUGCAUUGACAGUUGAGGGUGCUCAUUGGUACUUGCACCUCUCUUCAUUGCUGGACAAAGUGACUGAGGUUGUCCAAGAGAAAUUUGGGCUGAUUGUUGAAAUAUCAUGUGAAGAGGAGAGGACAUAUCAGGAGCUGGAAGAAGAGCAGCAGCAGGAAAGUCUUACCUUAUUUGGACACCACUAUGGCAUGAGUUGCUCCUACUUGUGUUUCCCUGUGUCUGGAGAUGACAAGAAAAUGCCACUGCAUCAACCCAUUGUGCUUCUGCUGUACCAGGACCGCAGAAGAUGCCGGAAGCAGCUGGAGGAGAUUUAUGACCUAGUUACACUUUUGACUAGCUACCUAGGAAAGCUCCAUGAAACCAGAAGCUUUUACCACCUCUUAGGAGGCGAUGGCCUAGGUGAAAUGUUGGAAUCAAAAUGUGCUGCAGACCAUCAGUCGCCAAGGCAGCCUGAGGAGGAUGCUUUUGCCAACACUGUGUCCCCAGUGGUCUCCCCAGCUGCUUCAGCUGCCUGCCUGCAAUCUCUAGCUGCUCCCUUGUCACCAGUCCUAAUCUCUUCCCCAGAUUCUCCUGGGUUACACACAUCCCAGAGUGUGUUGCAGCCUCCAGAGCCUUUAAUUCCUCUAGGAGGCAUUGUAUUCCAAUCACCUGCACAUUCUUCUAGCCCAACUCCUUCCUCUCAACCUGUGGCCUACCCUCCUUCCAUGGCUGAUCCAAUCCUGAGUCUUUGGUGUGAUUCUACCACAAUCCCACCAGAAUCCAACCCACCCAAUAACUGUGGGUUGCUUUCUAUUCCUGCUACCAACUCUGAAAUCCAGGAGCUGAUGGAGAUAAGGAUCAGUGAGAAAUCCACACUGAAAGUUUGUCAGGAGAGGGAAAAGGAGGGAGUACACAAUGUGGGGAAUUCUCUGAGGAAUUUGUUAAGCUCACUGAACAGUGAGCAACAUAUUGCUACCCCACAAUCUACUUGGAACAGAAAAGGAAAACCAGAGCAGCUUGCUGGUUCUCAGCAGCUCACUUUACCCAGGGUAUUUGGGAAAAAGUUACAGCAUGGUUGCAGGCAGCUUUUCUGGGGCCUGCCCUCUCUGCACAGUGAGUCCUUGGUGCAAGCCGCAUGGAUUCAUACCAGGUCAUCCUCUGUCCAACACCUUUCUUUUGCAUUCAAUUAUGUUUGCCCGGCUGAGCCUCAGCCUGAAGAUGCUCCACACAUUUCCCAGGCAGAAACCCUGCCUCAAGAUAUGAAUCAAUCUGAACUUGGGACACAAACCUUUGCACCAGUAGAGGAUCAGGUCCCCACUGAGCCCUACCUCCCAUGCUCUUUCCCAAAUUACCCACAUUCCCCAUCCCAGGAUAGGGGUGUACCUUACACUACACUUGAACAAAGGAAACAACCAUCCAUUCUAGAUGAGCACCAGGAUCUAGAAAUGUCUUGUCAGCAAUUAAAAUGGAGGAAGAAUUUUGCCUCUAAGUUACAAACAACUGGAGAAGCACUUAGCCAGCCCACUGGCAAACUUCCACAGGUCCACGAGGCCUCCCAGACUUACAAGUUGGUCACUGCCCUUUCUGGUGACUCUAUAAGCACCUACAUCCAGGAGCACAAAGAGGCAGUCACCAGAAGUGAACAUCAGCCUGGCUGUUCCUUAAGGCACACAGCAUCCCAGAAUUUGAUGCAGCCUCCAGGAAGACUGACAGGGAACUGUCAGUGCCAGGCAGCAUACAAGCAUGAUUCCCUACCACAGCCAUCCCAGACUUCUGCCAUCCCUUCUAAAGGUAACAGCAGUAUGCAGAAGAUAGAUCUAGCAAUGUUAGCACUAAAUGUGCCAAGCAAGGGUGUAAGGCAAGAUCAGGAAAGGGACCUUUCUGAAGAUCAAGCCUGGAAUUCAGGAAGCACCCUAGUGAAGGGUUGGGAGGCCCAACUUUCAAAACGUGACUGUAUGAUGCGAACAAAAUGUCAGAAACAGGCAUCUGCAGACACAAGCAGUCACUUACCUAAUUCCCCAAACAAAAAGUAUGUAGAAAACAUCCUGACAUUCCACCUGGGCAGGAAGUUGAACCAGUUGAAGGAGGGCAUGAUCCCAGUGUGUGUGCGGCAAUCCCACCUCACAGCUAGCCAUGCUUCUCCCAACUCCACUGUCCAUGCCAAACCCACCAAUCACUCAUCCCACAAGUGUGUGCCAUCCAUCGCAAACACCUCCCAGGAGCUUUCCUUCCUGGAUCCCAAAACUCUCCUGAUUCUAGAAACACAUAUUGUGAGAUACCGGGUGAGACAAAAGUGGGAUCCCCAAAUGCAGAGCAGUGACCCAAGGACUCUCGCCUUACAUGCAAAUGCAGCCUUGCCCUUGGCACAGCCCGCUCAUUCCUCCCCAGCCUCCUUUGACUCUAGGGUCAGCUCCAUUGUCAAGGUGGCUAAUACCCCGGAAGAUCUUCAGGAAGGUCUAGUGGACACACUGCAAGGUCCAUUUACUGUCCCUCAGCCUACAGAGCAGCUGAAACUUCAGAGCAGAACUCUAUCUGGCGGCAUCCAUGGGCCAUCUGAGGCUUAUCCAUCUGGACAGAUGGGCAGUCUGGACCUUCAGUUCCCCACCUACAGUUUCCUGCACAGAACUAGGAAGAACAGGACUCUUCUGGAGACUGUGCAGGGCAGCCUUGAGCCAAGUCCAAAUGUAGCAAUGGCUAUGCAUGAGCCAGGAGAGAUGAGUGGCAGCAUAGCCUUGGGAGACCCCUGCCUUAGCAGGACCUCUCCAGACAUUAAAGGAUUGUCCCAGCUUUCAGUGCCUGAGACAAGUGACAUACUUCAGAUGGAAGAGACACCUCCUUCAACUGGGGGAGCCAGCAUGGUGGAUAAUCCCCAAAUGAUUCAUACUCCAAACAGUUCAGAGUCUCCUAGGACCAACAAAAGCCACUCCCCCUCUAGCAAUUUUGAUUUGCAAGAGCCAAUAUACACAGGCCUGAAAUCUUGGGUCAUUACUGAGAUUCAAAAACAAGUGAAAGUCAAAUUAGAAAAGCAUUUCCAACACCAGACGGCUAGCAUCUUUCAACAUGGCCAUACUGACAGACUCUCAACCAAAGUGAGUUUGCCUUCUCAGGCCUCUGAGUUCACAUCCCAGAACCUAACUAGCAACAAAAUAUCAACUCCUCAAAUCAAGGGUGGCCUCUCAGAGAGGAGAGGGCCCAGCCAGCCUCAGCAGGAGCUGAAGGACUCUAGAAUUGAGGUUACAGGAAAGAAUCAGAAGAAAAUAUUCAGUGUGUCUGAUGAAAGGCAGGGCUGUAGGAAGCUUGCACCGGGACUGCAGGAAGAAAGGCGAGCAGUGGUGAGGCCUUGCCACACCUGUGGGCUCAGCCCCCUUAUUCAGGUUAAUGAACAAGGUGCCAUUGCGAGAAAGACAUCCCCAACUUCCCCACAGAAGGCACACAUUUCUACAGAAAACUAUGUCCAGAAAAAGAUGCAGAAUUUUCUGCACUUUGCCAAUCCUAGUACCAAAGACAAAAGGCAGGAAGACUCCCUGCCAAGAGUCAAAUGUUCCUCCCUACCUGCCCAGAGCAGACCGUUCAGGGACAGUGGAGCAACUAAAACCAAGACCCUUAUGAUGGCUGUUGGGAAGAUUAUGGUAGACAAACUGGGCCUUCAGCAUGGUUCUCAGGAGUUGCCUAAAGAACCCAAGACAUUGCUGGACAGACAUCUCAACUGCCACACAGAUCCUUGUUACCCGCAGGAGAAAUCAAUGAUAGAAAAUAAGAGCCAUGGUCACCAGACUAUUCACAAAGAUCCACAUUACCCUAUCAAUAACAAGUGGGCUGGAGGCAGGGACAGAUAUGUCCAAGUGCCUGUGUCUACAGCCAAUUUCUACCCAAGUAGCCUAGGUGGGCCAUGUCAAAGCACCGUAGUGAGUCUCAAUAGCUGCAUUCUCACACGAGACCCAGGCAUUCAGCACUGUGUAGUGGCCACAGUUGAUGACCUGCAAACACCAAUGGAUGCUAACCAGGAUGAGGAUGUUGAUAGUGGGUCCAUUUGGAUCAUUUGGUAG